AUGAAUAUUGAAUUUAGAGUCCGCUCUGAAAAUGUACAGGAAAAAGCAAACUUUUUUUCAAAGCUAUCAUUUUUAUGGAUAUUACCCUAUUACAUAAAAGGUCUAAAAAACCGACUCGAUGUGACCGAUUUGUUUCAACAUCCAAAAACAAUGUGUUCCGAGAAACUGGGAACCGAAUUGGAGAAGUACUGGUCGGAGGAACUUCACGAAAGUCAAAAAAACAAGCAAAAACCCAAUUUAAGUAAAACAUUAAAAAAAAUAUUUUUCAAACAAUACUUGGUGAGUUCGUUGUACAUAUUUUUGGAAGUAACUGUCUUUAGGACUCUUGCCACUUUGUCAAUGUCCAUUUUUAUCGAACUGUUUUCGGAAGACAAUGCCGAUAAAAAUACCGAAAAAUAUAUCACCGCGACAGUAUACUGGAUGUGCAAUAUUUCUUUUAUCAUUCUUUUGGAGCGUGGAUAUUAUAAACUAGAAAUGUUGUCUAUAAAAGUCAGAGUUGCACUUUCAUCCCUAAUUUUUAGAAAGAUGCUAAAAUUAAAUCAAAAAUCUUUGGAACAAACCUCAGCUGGCCAUAUGGUGAAUCUACUAUCUAAUGACUUAAAUAGAGUAGAAAUAUUCGUAAGGUUUUCAUGCUAUAUUGUUAUAGCUCCUUUGCAUUUAUUUAUUAUAACCUACCUUUCGUGGAUUGAGGUUGGAGUUUCCUGCCUAGCUGGGAUUAUUUUUGUUGUCUUGGUAUCUCUACCAAUGCAAGGGUAUAUUGGGAUGAAAUCGGCAACCUUUCGCUCCAAGGUGGCCUCAAAAUCUGAUAUAAGGACGAAGUUUAUGAACGAAAUCGUAUCGGGAAUCAAAGUGAUAAAAAUGUACGCUUGGGAAAAACCGUUUGAAAAGAUUGUGGAAAAAAUACGCAGCCAAGAGAUGAAUUACGUAUAUCGUUCGUUUCUUUUAAGCGGGUUGCCUUUUCACACCCACUCUUUAAUUCACAAAUUUACCGUAUUUUUAAUCAUAAUCAGUUGCUUUUUUCUAUCGAUUGAUUUGACCGCUGCAAACAUAUUCACUACAGUUCAAUACAUGAAUCUGAUUAGGUACACAAUGUUGCUAAUGUUUCCAAACGCUGUACUAAGCAUAGCAGAAUCUAAAAUAUCUUUCAAAAGAAUAGAAGAGUUUUUGCUACAAGAAGAAAUAACCGACUUUAUUGAGAAACAAACUGUUAAUACUGACGUUUAUUUGACUAAUAUCCAUGCUUCCUGGUCCCCAAAUUCCAUCGUUUUAAAUAUUCCAAACUUUCACGUUCCCAGCGGUAAAUUCUGCACUAUUGUAGGACCAGUAGGUUCAGGAAAAUCGUCGCUACUUCAAAUAUUGCUACGAGAACUUAAACCAAUUUCAGGCACAGUUAAAAUAAAUAAUUCUGUGUCGUAUUGUUCCCAAGAACCCUGGCUGUUUUGUUCUUCGGUUAAAAACAACAUUUUAUUUGGACAAGAGUACAAGGAAGAAAAAUACAGAGAAAUCGUAAAUAUAUGCCAUCUAAACAAAGAUUUCCAUAUAUUCCCCCAUGGUGAUCAAACUUUGGUGGGUGAAAGAGGAGUAAUGUUAAGUGGAGGGCAGAGGGCUAGAAUCAAUUUGGCUAGAGCUCUUUACAAAGAAGCAGAAGUGUAUUUGUUAGAUGAUCCCUUAUCUGCAGUUGACACGCAUGUGGGUAGACACUUGUUUGAUGAAUGCCUUUUAAGGUAUCUAAAGGGAAAAACUAGAAUACUGAUAACUCACCAGUUGCAGUAUUUAAAGGAAUCUGAUGUAAUUUGUGUAAUGAAUAAUGGGAAAAUUGAAGCGUCUGGAUCAUUUGAUGAUUUGAAGGACGGAAAUUUGGAUUUUACAAGGUUUUUACCAAAAAUAGAAAACGAAAGUGAUAAUUUAGAUAACAGAUCAAAAACACCUGAUCCAAUUUCUCUGAAUAAAUUAAACAUUGAACAUUGUAUGUUGGCUAAAGAGCAAGAAACAAUUCCCGAAAAAAUUAAUUCCUUUAAGGAAUACGUAAAGGCUGGAGGCAGUACCUGUUUUAUUUUCUUUUUUAUUCUAGUUACACUUUUAGCUCAGGUUGCCUACAACUUUUCUGACUAUUGGCUCAUCUGGUGGACAGACAAUUCGAAGAAUCAUAUAAAGAUAGAAAUAAUCAACAUAAAUAAAACCAAAGCAGUACCAUCUUAUCAAUCAGACAAACGCACAAACGAUGCAUUGACCAAUUCCGAAAUAAGCUUGAUUGCUUAUGGUGUAACCAUGAUGAUUUGCAUUAUUUUAACAAUAUUACGGAUAUAUUUCACCAGCAAAUUUAUCUGCAAGGCUUCUAACAACUUGCACAAAAAAAUGUUUAAUUCCUUACUUAAAGCACCAAUGAGGUUUUUUAGUACAAACCCAAGCGGGAGGAUUCUAAACCGAUUUUCUAAAGAUAUUGGUGCUACAGACCAGUUAUUACCAGCUGCUUUACUGGAGUCCAGCCAAAUAGUUUUGCUUUGUACUGGAGGAUUGGUAUUAAUCUGCUUAUCGAGCUAUUACGUAGUUAUAUUUGUAGUACUAUUUCUAGCCUGUAUGUAUUUGUUGUUUAGGCUGAACGAAAGAAUAGCAGGUCAAUUUAAACACCUAGAGGGGAUAGCAAAAUCACCCAUUUUUACUCACGUUAACUAUUCUUUAAUGGGGUUAACAACUAUUAGAGCAAAUAAAUCUGAGGAAAAGUUAAACCAGCAGUUUGAUACGCACCAGAACACGCACACUUCUGCAGAAUUCCUUACUAUAUCUUCGGGUACUGCGUUAGCUGUAUGGUUGGAGCUUCUAUGUGUAAUUUUAAAUGUAUGCUUACCAUAUGCUCUAAUUUUAAUCAACCAAUAUGCUCACCCCGUACAAGAUUCGUUCGUGGGUUUAGCUCUAUCUCAAUCACUAGCAUUUAAUGGGAUUUUGCCAUUCGGUAUCAAACGUUGUACUGAUGUUUGUAAUUAUUUUACAUCUGUGGCAAGAAUUUUAUCAUACACAAAAUUAGAGGAGGAAACUCUGGAGAAUCCAAAACACGUUAUUUUAAAACAAACAUGGCCUUGCUAUGGCGAAAUUGAAUUCAGAAAUUUGUAUCUAAAAUACAGUAAAAGUGAUGAUGCUGUGUUAAAAAAUAUUAGCUUUAUUAUAGGGGCAAAUCAAAAGAUCGGAGUAGUUGGUAGGACUGGUGCUGGUAAAUCAUCACUGAUUACAGCCCUAUUUAGACUUGCUGAUGUUGAAGGAACCAUAACGAUUGACAAUGUUAACAUAUCAGAAAUAGGUCUUACGAAUUUGAGACGGAAAAUAUCCAUCAUCCCGCAAGAACCGGUGCUGUUUUCUGAAACCGUUCGGUAUAAUUUGGACCCGUUCCAGGAAUUUACAGAUGAUGAAAUCUGGGAGGUCAUAGAAGAAGUGAAUAUGAAGGGAGCCGUUGUGAGUUUAGAUGAUAUGGUGCUGGAAGGCGGUAGUAAUUUCAGUAUAGGGCAGAAGCAACUUUUGUGUUUAGCAAGAGCUUUGCUAAGGAAAAAUAAAAUACUGGUGCUGGAUGAAGCUACCGCUAAUGUGGAUCUAAGAACGGACGAAUUAAUUCAAAAAACAAUAAAAACGAAAUUUUGUGCUUGCACAGUAAUAACCAUAGCUCAUCGUUUGAAUACUGUUAUGGACUCGGAUAAAGUGAUGGUGAUGGAUGGCGGCGAAUUGGUUGAGUUUGCCCAUCCAUACAUUUUGUUGAAAAACGAAAAAAGCAUGUUCCACAGUUUGGUGUUGGAGACUGGAGUUGGGAUGAUGCAGCAAUUAAAGCAAAUUGCUUACAAUGAAUAUCACUUCAAAGUACAAGUGUAUACAUCUUAA